CGUCCCAAAAGACGUUGCCAUUUCAAAGACCGGCAGUCCUGUUGAGUUUGUCCCAAGCAUCAUGCCAGCCAAACCAGCACCUAUAAAGAAGUCAGCCAAGAAGGCUGCUGCAAAAGAGGAGAAGCCGGCAGAGCCUGUGCCCGAGACUGUCCCGGCUGAGGCGCUUCCUGUGCCCGAGACUGUCCCGGCUGAAGCAGGACCGGUAGAAGCUCCAGCUGAAGAGGCAGUGGCCGAACCUGCCCCCGCUGAAGAGGCACCUGCUCCUGAAGGCCCUGCUGAUGAAGCUGCUCCUUCCACUAACGCUCCAGCUGAGGCGGCUCCUGCUGAAGGUGCACCUGUAGAAGAGCCACCUAAACCACCAACACCACCUCCUCCAGCAGUGCCCUCCAGUGCCCCUCAGAACCUCAGCGUGGAUGAUGUCAAUGAUACCUCAGUCACUCUUAAGUGGAGAUCCCCGGAGAACAUUGGCUCUGGACUGGAUGGAUACAUUGUAGAAUACUGCAAGGAAGGAUCUUCUGAAUGGGCUGCCAAUACCGAACUCACCACGUCCAAUCGGUUUGUCAUCAGCGGCCUGACAACCGGAGACCUACUUAACAUCCGUGUCGUGGCCAUGAAUGCCGGAGGCCGUAGCGAGCCCGUCAUCCUGCCACAGCCCGUCCCUGUCCGUGAGAUUAUGGAUCGACCCAAGAUCCGCAUGCCCCGUGCCCUGAGGUCAAGACACGUCAAGCAUGUUGGCGAACAGAUCAAUCUGGUUAUCCCCUUCUGUGGCAAACCAAAACCUGUGAUAUCUUGGACCAAGGAUGGCCAGCCUUUGGAUACGAAGAAGAUAAAUAUCCGCAACAGCGACAAGGAUAGCAUCCUGUUUAUCCGCAAGGCUGAGCGAGACGACUCUGGCAGCUAUGAGAUGACCGUGAAGAUCGACAGCUUCGAGGACAAGGCUACCCUCAUAAUUCAGAUUGUCGAUCUGCCCGGUCCUCCUACAUCUGUCAAGCUAGUCGACUCUUGGGGCUUCAAUGCAGCUUUGGAAUGGACCUCUCCCAAAGACAACGGCAACACUGAGAUCACUGGAUACACCAUUCAGAAGGCUGACAAGAAAACUGGAGAUUGGUUCACGGUUCUCGAGCACUUCCACAGGCUGAACGCCACAAUCACUGACCUUGUGAUGGGAAAUGUAUACACCUUCAGAGUUUUUGCCGAAAACAAGGUUGGAAAGAGUGAGACUGCUGCUGUAACAAAAGAUGCUGCUCAUAUUCAGAAAACAGUCCCGGCUGAGGUUGUUGUCCCCUGUCCUGUAGGUAUUGUCUACAAACCACCAGAGUACAAGGAGCACGAUUUCAGUGAGGCUCCCAAGUUCACAGCUCUCCUCAACGACAGAGCUGCCACUGUGGGCUACAACACUAAACUACUGUGUGCAGUCCGAGGCAGUCCAAAGCCUAAGAUCGAGUGGCUGAAGAAUCAGAUGCUCAUAGGGGAUGAUCCCAAAUACAGGCAGAUCAACAACCAGGGAGUGUGCUCGCUCGAAAUCCGCAAACCAUCCAGCUUUGAUGGUGGCGUCUACACUUGCAGGGCCAAGAAUUCCCUUGGUGAGGCUACAGUUGCCUGUAGGCUGGAGGUCAAACAGGUGACCAUCCAGGAAGAAAAAGAUAGGAAAUAAGAUGAUGUGCACAGUUCUGAUGUUAAGGAGCAGCAGGACAUAAUUCUAUAGAAUAACAAUGAUGUUUACAGUGGUGCAGGAGGAUGAGCUGAAGUGUGCACAUUAAUAGAGGCUCAGACUCGCUUCUGUGAUUCAUUCUUACAAGAAACAUUGGAUAGGUUCCUGUUUGGCUUAAAAGCUACAACCAGUUAGUGAGGACAUAAAUACGAAUGUUUAGUUUUAUAUUUCUUGCAUGUAUUUCAAGUGUCACUUUAGUUGUCUGAACCUGUUUAUUCAUGAUGAAAUCCCUCGUUGUAAUUGAGAGUGUUUCCAAUAAAAUAAUAAACCCACA